CGAAGAUGGGCAAAUUCAGCAAUCAGAAGAAAAAUCGUGUCAAGAACAAGGUGGCGGUGACAGUAAAAAAAGCGCAACGCAUGAAGGCAGACGCUAAAAAUGCCAAAAAAGACGGUGAAGUGGAUGUUGAGAUGAAGGAGGAGGUGGUGAGAGUCAGAGGACUCGCCGUAUCGUCGCUGAAAAAAUUGGCCUCCGGUGAGCUGCAAAACGUGCCAAAAGUGAACGAGAAGAAGAUUAUCCGCAAGACAGAGCUUCCAGUUCGAGAGAACAAAAAGAUCCUGGACGCUCCGACUGGAAAACGUGGCACCACUGCUCAAUACAUCACAAAAAAGAAGGCAAAGAAGAUGUACAAGAAGAUGACACACGACGCACGCGACAAAUAUCGAAAAAUUCAGGCGGAACUGGCCGGAGACGGUGAAGAUGACGAGGAGGGUGAAGCCGAGGUGAUGGAGCAGUGAUUUUGGAUUUUUCCGCGGCAUUUUUAAAAUUGUUUUUUUUUGUUGAUUUUGUUACUGUUUUUCAUUUUCCACAUAAAAUAAUCGAAAAUUU